AUUCUAGUUCGAAGGACGAUUUGGGCGGUAGUGUGAUGUGGAUAUGGUAAGGGUUUUGCUGUUAUUUUAUGUUACGAAGAUCCUACCUUUAAUAGCUUUCAGAUGAAUAAUAACAGAAUUGACAUCUUCUUUUGUUCAUACUAUGUCUUACAGCACAGGUUAAAGUCCUCCCAGCGCGAAAAAGUGAGGCAGUUUAUUACCUUCACUGAAACGAAUGAAAAGACAGCAAUAAACUGCCUGAGCCAAAAUGAUUGGAGAUUAGAUGUAGCGUCAGAUCUGUAUUUCCAGAAUCCAGAGAAAUACUACAUCGACACGAAACCUUUGAUAGACAAGAAAAAGCUCACCCACCUGUUUGAUCGUUACAAAGGUAGGAGAAGGGAUCUGUAUGAAAUGAACUUCCUAUCUGUUGUACAUGUUUUUGUACUCACUAGAGUGUUAACCGGUUUAAGGAUUAUUCAAUGUUUUAUUGAUGAUCGUAGUGCCCUAUUCCAUUUUUUCAGAAAGAUUAUUUAAUUUUAGAAAUUCUUUUUUUCAAAAUCUUGACUCUGAUUUGAACGUUUCCGGUGUGGCGAGCUUAUACAAAAGCUAGCUACUGUAGGUCGUUUUCCAAGGUCAAUCUGUGCAUACCUGUAAACUAAAUACGUAAAUCUGAAACAAGGUGUGCGUUUUUUGUAAGUUGUAUUUUAAUAACCUUUCAGUUUUACUUAUAUUUUUUUGGAGUCUGGGAGUAUUUAUAACCAACCUAUAAAGUGGCUCUAGAAAUUCUGCAAGGGUGAGGGAUAUUACGUUAUGAAUGCUUUAAAAGAGUUAUUUACAGCCAGACUGGAAUUUCCCUGGGGGCUUAAACUAGAUAAGAUACUUUCACGGUAGGAGAGGUAUGUGCAUCUUGGAGGAUUUCAAAUUUUAUAAACUAGUCCUUGGCAAGAUUACUUUUUAACAGGAGAUCUUGCCCUUUUUGUGGUGAGUUCCAUAAUUUUAUGUUUUGGCCAUAUGCUUUCUGGGUAAGGUCCAGGGUUAUGUUUUGGUCUGUUACUUUCUGCCCGUUGUAUUCAUAUUUGUUGUAAUAUGAAUUACACUCUAUUUAUUACCAUCUUGGUAGGGGAAAUUUUGGAAAUUUAAAUUAUAAUGCUGAAAGUUUAAUCAUACAGUAAUAUUACCAUACAAUAACCUUUUGUGUGGAAUACAAGGUGCAACAUGCCAAAUGGCAUAUCUCAACGUUUUUCAAUGUGCACAUUUUCUCUGAAGGUUUCAGCUAGUGGGAAUAUUAUUCUCCUUUCCUGGAAUCUUUAAAACUGAUACCUAUACUAAGAGAGAAGUCCUAAAAUCACUACCCCACUGGAUGGCUCCUACAGACUGUAUCUAGUUUGGUAUUUACAGGAUACAUUGUUUAUUGCAUUUUGAUUCUUAUGUGUUUUUAUUUCAUCUCCAGAUCCUGGUGAUGAUGAUAAAAUCAUGGCUGAAGGGAUAGGGCGUUUCUGUGAAGAUCUCAAGUUAGAUCCAGCAAGCCUCAAGGUUCUUGUGAUAGCUUGGAAAUUUAAAGCAGCAACACAGUGCGAGUUUUCAAGGAAAGAAUUCACUGAUGGCAUGGUAGAACUGGGGUGAGCUGGAGAAUGAAUAAAAUAUUUAACCCUGUAACUCCCAUGAGCAAAGAACUCAGAAUUUCUCCUUACAAUGUCAAUACAAUAUCAAGCAGACAAGUGUUGAGAACAAAGGACAUAUAAAUUAGGGGAUCAUUGAUUGAUUAGAUAUGAUUUCUUUAAACUAACAUCCUAAUAAUUAAUUAUAGCGAUUUUCUACACCCUGUUUACACUCACAACUCCAAAAACCUUUCCCUGUUUUUUAGGGCCAAGUAAGGAGGGUUACUCCUUGCGGGUAACCAUUCUGUGUAUCUUUAACCCUUUGGACCCUAAAAGUGAUUAGCAUCCAAUUUCUCCUCACAGUAUAACCCCCAUAUCACACAUUAAGGUUAGGAGAAUAAAGGAAAAUCACCAUCUAAGCUCCUGAUUUAUAAACAAAUUCUCCCUGUCAGCACUGUAGGAAAUGUAUAUAGAACAGUAUAGAGAAUAUGCAUACUGAUAUACUGAUGUUAGGUUGGAAAGGGUUCAUUUACCUUCAAAAUUAUUUCUCUGAUGGGUGAAAAGAUGCAUAAAUAUUUCUAUGUUAUAUAUUUUUAAGUCUAGGAUAGAGUCAAGUUUUCCUUAUUUUUUAAUGUAGCUGUGAUUCCAUCGACAAACUCCGAAGUAAACUUCCAAGCCUGGAGGCAGACCUUAGAGAUAAUGGUAAAUUUAAAGAUUUAUACCAGUUCACAUUCAACUUCGCCAAAAAUCCAGGCCAGAAGAGUUUAGGUAAGUUUACAGGUAUUAACCAAGUGUUGAUUUGGAAGAGUUUUAAUUCUGUGAUUUUAGUUUUGUUAGGGAAAACAUACCCACAUUCUUAAGCCUCUAAUAUAUCCCAUUUCAAGGCUUUCAUUUGUCCUCUUUACUCUAUUUCUCAAGUGUGUUGUCAAUUUUCCUCUUUUUCUUGCCUCAGUUAACAGAAGUUUGUAAACAGCAUUUUUCUGCUGCAUGUUUUUAUCAACCUUUUUUUGCCCCUAGAUUUAGACAUGUCCAUAGCAUAUUGGAAUAUAAUUCUGAAUGGAAGAUUUAAAUUCCUUGAUAUCUGGUGUGAGUUUCUCUUGGUAAGUAAAACCAUUCUUGGCUUUUUAAGUUGUAUAGACCCUUUGCAGUUGCAGAUCACCUUAGCACCAAAAAUUAUGCACACAUCUUUAUUGGCUCGUACCUAUGAUCUAUUUGAGGACAGGGACAGAUGCAUUGAUGAUGUGGUGUCACUGGCAACAUGGAGUCUAUUUGUUGUUCUAAUCACAAAAAUCAUGUUCUUAUUUAUUUUUCUUGAUAGUUACAUCACAAAAAGGCGAUAUCUAAAGACACAUGGAACCUCUUGUUAGACUUCAGUAACAUGAUUGAGGAUGAUAUGGGCAACUAUGAUGAAGAGGGUUUGUGUUACAAGGAGUAUUUCAAUAUUUGAGUAUCUCUAUGACUUACUGAAAAAAUGGUAGUGGACACUUACCUAAAUUUUUAAUAACAGAAAAUAUUCUUUAUUUAGGGUUCCUUGUGUUUUGAUACGAAGAUCUUGUACCUUUGUAUUUUGUGACUUUACUUCUACUGGCAAAAUAUUGUAAUGAAACAUGUGUGAUGACAAUGCUUUGAUGGUCAGGGUUGUAAACUUACUUCUAGGCUGGUAGGGUAGAGAUCUUAAGGGAAAUUAUCUUUUGUCAGCUUGUAAUUCUGAAAAUAAUACUAAAUUUACCAAUCACACCCCCACAUCUCUCAACUUUGAUUCCUUUGUUUUCACCUUCAUUCUCAGCAAGGUUUUAAGUUUUCAAGCCAUGUUAGUGAGUUGUCUUCUCAAAGAUGAAAACAGUUUUUUAUUAGUAAUCUGUCUUUUUAAUAUCAUAAAUUUUAAUGAUUGUGUAUUGUUUAUUUUAUUGCAGGAGCUUGGCCAGUUUUAAUUGAUGAAUUUGUAGAGUAUGCAAAACCUAGAAUUACUGGAAAGCAGACAACUGUAUGAUAAGAUCUUAACUUGCAUAAGUAGUACUUCAUAAUGGGCUUCCUGUAAUCAUAUUUUUACAUGAAACUGGAAAAUUGUUCGUUUUUCAUGAAAGUUCCAGAGCUGACUACUUGAAAUUUAAGCUAAACUACAGAGGCAAAUACCUCAACUUUGGGACUCUCCUCAAGUUUCACUUGCUAGACAACUGUCAAGGCAGUGAUAUGUACUCAGGGUGUAUAUAAUGGUGACCAGACUAAUAUUUUCAUACCAAUUUUCUUGUUAUGAUAUUGUUAAGUAGUUGGAUGGCAUAUCUUCCUAUAUUAAACAAACCCUUUCUCUUUAUCCCAUAUUCUACAAACAAGAGGUAACACUAGCUCCCAUUGUAAAUUUUUAGCAAAAUCAAUGCUUUUAGUUAAUAAUCUCUUUUCGCAAUGUAAACUAAAAUAUUAUUAUCUCUGUGAAUACUGUGAAAAAGUAUUGUGGUUGUGAAUGGAAGUAAACCAACAUUUUCUAUCACUUUUGUCUG